UCUCGCUGGUGAUUGGUUGGCGCUGGACAUUUAAAAUUCGAUUAACUUAAAAUCCAUUCAGUCAAUCGGUAGCUUUCGUUGAAGAACCUCAGCUCGACGCAGAUAAUUUUCGAAAAGCGUAAAUAAACAAGUCAUGUCUCGAUCGUCAAGAAUCGAAUGAAAAUCGACUGGUGACUGUCAAAUACGAAAAAUCUCGUGAGAAGCUUGUUGAAUGACACAUGGUGUCUCUCAGCUGUUUGGCCAUUUAAAGCCCCUGGACUCAUUGCGCAAUCGCCAAAAGUUUGCAUGCACUCAAGUGAAACUCUUUCAAUAGCGGUCAGAGAACUCAUUUCUCCGUUCUGUGAGAGAGUGCACGGGCACUCGGAAGUAUCUCCCGCGAUUGAUAAAACGUUUAUUCCCGCACUACGGGAGAAUAAUCGAUAAUUACCCUAUGAUAAACUAUUAAAAAUGCCAACGAAAUUUAGUAAAUUUGUUAUUGAUGCGAGUUGCAAGGAAUAUGUGCAUCCCUGGACGAAUUCCUGCAUCAGUGCAACUGCUGGUCUUGGUCUGCAUGCCAUCCAGGAGUCCCUCAGGAUAUACACAACUGUUUAUCUCGUAACGAUGGCAAUGAGAGGCAAGAGACCAACCAAAGAUGAGAUUAAAAAAAGUUUGAUGGGAAUACUUCAGUCCACUGCCUUUCUAUCGUGGAGCACUUUCACCUUCUCAAUGUUUUUAUGCAGCUUCAGACGAUUAACUGGGAAUUUUAAUGUAUUAUCAGUGGCAUUUCUCCCAUCGUUCUUUUCAAGUUUAUCUGCAAUCGUGAUAGAGAGGCCUUCGAGACGCGCCAUGCUGUGUCUUUACGUAUCAAAUAUCGCAACUGAAACCCUUUUCAAAAUGGGAUUAUGGCGAGGAUACUACAGCUCGGUUCCAAAUGGAAACGUUUACAUAUUCGCAGCCAGUAUAGCUGCAUUACUCUGUUUAUACAGGAAUAGUGACGCCAAUACUGACUCGAUAUUUAGGAUAAUUAAAUUCGUUGCUAGUCCCUACGAGGCUAAGAAUCAUAGACACAAUCAAAUAAGAGAUAGAGGCGAUAGGAGGGAUAUGCAGCGUGAUAGAGUACAAAAUCCUAUAUCGAAAUCAAAUAUUUUUAUAGAGUCACUGAGGGCUUAUCAAAGGUUGAUAAGCUGGAUUAAGAGCUUUGGGAGACAUUCUGCCUGUCCACAUCCUCACAGUUGUGCACAUUUUGUUUUAGGCGGAGGUAGUAAGUUAUUCACAAUUGGACUGAGUGUACAAAUAGGAUUAAAAUUAGUUGUGCAGCUGAAAACAUUGUUUAGCAAGCCUCACCUACUCAAAUCGAUAAUUUUCCAGAAGAAAAACUUUAACUUGGCAGUUUUUCUUGGUGGAUUCACUGGUAUUUAUAGGCUCGUUUCUUGCUCGCUACGAAGGCUCAAUGAUGGCGAUAAUUCAAUUCACGCAUUACCAGCUGGAUUAAUUGCGGGAUUGACCUUUGUCAUGUUUCCCAAUAAUACUAUUGCUCUCUAUGUGAUGUGGAAGGCAUUGCAACUACUAUGGAAUAAGGGAAUUGAAAAUGGAAAGUUACCAGAAGUCAAAGGAUUUAUAAUUGGACUUUAUUGUUUUAGUACAGCUGUCUUAUUCCAUGCGGCUAUGGUUGAGCCCCAAAACUUGAGAUCCUCGUACUUCAAGUUCUUGCAUAAUUUAUCGGGUGGAAGAUUGGCAGCAAUGAAUCGGAUUCCUCUCGAUCAAUUCGGCCUAGAGACAUCGAAAUACCUGGAGGAAAUUCUUAUCAAAACAAAUACCACAAAUAAGCUUACGUACUCAUUCUGAAGGACAAUAAACUCACUCAUAGAAGUGAAAGAAAUGGAUAAAAAAAAAUUUAUCAGAGCGCAUUCAAGGAAUUUAAUUCCUGACAACAAAAAUUGCUCUACUGACUCAUCAUCGUUACCUCACAAAGAGCAAAUACAUGUCUUUAACUUAUGCAACGCGUCGACUUCACAUAAGUAAACAACAUUAGUGAAA